AUGGAAGUGUCGCUGCCGCCGGAUUCCUCGGGCAUCGAUGCAACCGACGCGGUGCAGCUGGACUGGCAGACCGACGUGCUGCCAAUUGCCAUGAGGACAGAAGCAGCCUUGAGCACGACCUGUCCAACUCUUGCAAGAUGCCAGUGUGAAGAGGUGCCUGGCAUCAGUAUGGACAAUGUGCGUGGGGUGCUGGAGGUCUACCCAUUGAACCUUGAGGCAACCUGGCGUCUCGACACAGCUGACAUCGCUGGCAAGGGUAAAGGAGAUCAGGUUGUGAGCCACGAGCUGCGGCUUUGGGGGUACCGUUGUCAGCUCUAUUUCUAUCCGCAAGGACACACCUUGGCAAGCGAAGGCUUCUCCAGCUUGUACAUCUGGCCAUCGACCAUCGCGGCUUUGGACUUGGAAAUGGCUGGAACAAGUCAUCACAUUAACAUAACACAGGAGACGCUGAAACUGAUGAAGGAGACAAACCUAGUGUUGCGGGGACAUCAUGACUUCUGCAAGAUCCCUGACAUGAGCAAUCCAGUCGAAAUUCAUGUCAAGUUCAAGCACAUCGACGGCAAGGAUGUCAAGACGCUCGCGGAGAAAGCAGCAAUCCGGCCCCGAAAGUUCCAAGAAGCAGCCACCAGAAUCCAGGCUCUGUGGCGUGGGGUUGAAGCCCGGCGACGGGAGAAACUUCGCCACGCCGAGGAGCGGCGGUGCCACCGCCAAUCCCGAGAGCUAACGGCGGCCCUGCACCUACAGCUGGCAUGGCGCCUAUGCCAGCGACGCCUGCAGCGCCGUUGGCACGGCAGGCUGGUGCAGGUGCAGAGCACUCCGUACGACGCCAUCCUUGCCUUUGAGUCGUUGUCGCAGUUCCUGUCGACGGGGGAUAUCCGGUUCUUGCAGCACGCGGAGUCGAAGCUGCAGGUGGCGAGCGCCGCCAGGUUCCGCAUCGUCGCAGUGGUUGGCCUCUUUGACAAGGGCAAGACCUUCCUUAUUAACAAGCUCUUCGGGGUGAACCUGCCUUCCGGGAAGCUCCACACUACCAAGGGCUUGAGCUUUCUUUGGAUUGAGGAGCGUCGUCCUUUCAGCAUGAUGGAGCGCGGGGUGAUCGUCGACGUCGACCCUGUCAAGCUCGAGGCCACCUGGCGCCUCGAGGCAGCGGACGUCGCAGACACCAAGAACGGAGAAAAGAUUGUCAGCCCUCAACUGCAGCUUUGGAGGCACAGCUUUCGCAUAGAAAUCUAUCCCUGUGGGGAACAUACAAGCGAAGGCUACUUCAGCGUGUUCGUGUAUGCGCCCGUGAAGGCACUCAUUGACAUUGACCUGGCUGGAGAGACUCAGCGUCUUGACAUCACGGAGGAGGCUUUGAAGAGGACGAAAAACGGAGCCCUUGGCUGGGGAAUUAAAAAGUUCUGCAGGGUCGUCGACCUGACAAAUCCACUUGACAUACGAGUCCGGUUCGGGCACAUCGAGGGCAAGGGCUCCAAGCUGUUGUCGGAGGAAGCUGAAGUCCUUCGCCGCAAGCCCACAGAGGCCAUCAAGGUUCAGGCCUUGUGGCGUGGGGUUGAGACCCGGCGACGGGAGGCGCUUCGCCGGGCAGAGGAGCAGCGGCGCCGCCGCCAAUCCCGUGAGCUGAAUGCGGCCUUGUGCCUGCAGCUGGCGUGGCGGCUGUACCAGCAACGCCUGCAGCGCCGUUGGCACAGCAAGAUGGUGCAGGCGCAGAGCACUCCCUACGACGCCAUUCUGGCCUUCGAGUCGCUGUCGCAGUUCCUGUCGACGGGGGAGAUCCGGUUCCUGCAGCACGCGGAGUCGAAGCUGCAAGUGGCGAGCGCCGCCAGGUUCCGCAUCGUCGCAGUGGUUGGCCUCUUUGACAAGGGCAAAACCUUCCUGAUCAACAAGCUCUUCGGGGUGAACCUGCCUUCCGGGAAGCUCCACACCACCAAGGGCUUGAGUUUUCUGUGGAUU